GCUCCGUUGUUCCUCCCAUCCAGAACAUUCACCUCCCCGGAGCAGACAGGUCCAAGCUACUGCAGACAAAAAAGACUGGGCGCAAUGGAGGUGAAGGUGUCAGUGGACGGGAUCCCACGUGUGGUCUGUGGGGUUACAGACAAAACAACAUGCCAAGAAGUGGUUCUAGCUUUGGCUCAAGCUCAAGGUCAACCUGGACGCUACACCUUACGGGAGAAAUUCAAAGACUUUGAGCGGUGCAUGGCGCCUGAUGAACACCUUCUAGAGACGUUGGAGAGGUAUGGAGAGCAGGCCAGGGAGGUCCAGCUCACUCUGCUCCACAACGGACCCUCUUUCUCGGAUGAAAUGAGCAGAGCAAAGGUUGGCAGAUACCAGCCCUGCCCGCCGUUAAGAAGAAAAGAUGCAGGUGCUAGAAUACGGCGAGGCAGUGGUUCACUGCAUCGCCGAAGUUUGCCACCGUUGUCGUGUUUAAGACAAGAAGCUGAGCAGAAACAAGAAGACGUGAAAAGGCCUAAAAGAAAGACUCUGGUGCUUAUGGAGGAGGCCUGGGAUUGGCUGGAAAGUUUGGGGAAAGGAAAGGUCUACAGUACUGCCUGUCUUAAGGAGAGCAGUAAGAUGUCAGAUAAAAGGAACCAUUCAUCUUUAGAUGUUUCUCUCAGUGCUGUCAAUUAUAACUCUGGUCAAAGUAGCAGAGGUAAAACCAGAGGACAGAAAAGCUUAAAGUCAGACUUGGACCAUCAGACGUCCUGCUGCAUGGGAAAUCAGACAAGGGGUAAAGAAAGCAAACACACCAAAAAACCUCAAGAGGCAAAAUCUGAUCUCCACAGUUCAAGCUGCACCACGACUGAGGAUGAGAAAAAUAGUCUGAGAGAAACCAUAAUACGUCAGCUUGUGUGUUUGGAGGAUUUACAGGCCCAGAUAAUGGACAUAGACAGACAGAUUGUUGAGCUUGAGGAAAAACAAAGGGCCCAACAAGCAGAAGUGGAAGCUCAUGAGAGAAUAGCUGACGAGGAAAAGGAGCAGAUACAAUUCUGGGAAAAUGAAUUAAAGGCAGAGGAAGGUUAUGAAAAAUAUUUGCAAUGUCAGUUCCUUGACAUGAGAGCGAAGGCUGUGGACUGCAAGGCUAAACUGGAGGAUUAUGGGUACAAAAUGCAGGGACUGGAUUUAUUUGUCGAUUCAGGCAUUCUUCCAGCAGAUUCAGAGAUGGUUUCAAAAGUUGACGCAAAUGCUGCCACUGAGAUGUCAUCUGUUUCGACUGAGGAUGAAUAUCUGCAACCAUCUGAUCCACAAAGGGAUGUAAAUGUUAACAGGAAGGUCCUGCCCAGCGAGGACUUCAACACCCCUCAUGCUCUAGUUCAUCCCAGCCAGAUAAAGGAGCGGCGGCCCACAGGACCCACUGAGCUCAGGGAGUGGUGGACACGCUGGUCCGAGGCCCAGACCUCUCAGUCCCAGGCUAAAAAAAAGGCAAUUCACCGCUCUGAACUCACCAUAUAUCUGGGCAGCACCAAGGUUUAGAAUCAGCAGGAAACACAAAGUCGGUAAAUACGAUAAAAGCUUAAUUGUACUGUGUGAAUUUCACUCCUGACAUUGAAAGACACAACCUGAAACUAGAGCAAAUUUGAAAAUUUAGACUGAUCAUUUCAGAAUCAGAUUUUUUUUGGUACCAUAACGUUACUAUAUGAAUAAAGCCAUGCAAAGUGUCACCUUAAUACAAAAAAUAUUUCUUUGAUGAGUGUGGUAUCAGACUGUAGGUAAAAAAUGAGACCUUUCAUUUGCUGUAACUUUGUUUUCACCAAAUGCCUAUCACAUAAUAUGACCCUUACCAGUUCAUCCAAAAUGCACUUUUAAGGUUUUCUCAGAUGAAUUAUCAGAAAAAAAGGUAAGACAUGCAGGGUUCCAGUGUGUGUUUCCAUUUCUUAAUGCCAUAAAUUUUAAACUGGUACAUUUUUACGAUAUAUCUCAUUACACAUCGUUAGAGAAAAAAAUCAUGCUGAACAAAAAUUGGAAAAUUAGAUUUAAAAAAAAAAAAAAAAAAAAAAUCGACCCACCACUAUGUAUUUAAGGGCCUGGAACAAUAAAAAUAUUUUUAGUAUGAAGGUGAAGUUUUGCAUGGCUUCAAUAAAUAUGCUAUUUAUUGAACAUAAAAAAUCUGCAGAUUCUAAGAUACGGAUUGAUUUUUCAUGGACUGACCCCACUAGUUUAAAUUGUAUUGAACCUUUGUACAUAUUCAGCGGGGAUGAAGAUCCCCAGCAAGUAUUUUUCAGUAUGAACACAGUUGUCCUUUGGUUUGCAACCUUCACUUUGGCUCUUGGUGUUUGCAGUGGUUUCACAAAAGAAGUGGACCAUAAGUGAAAGAAUGGCCUCUGAUCAUCUUAUGUUAAAAACUCAUCUACAGUGCACUUCUGAACUUACCAAUCACGCAGAUUUUCAGAAUAUUCAAAUAUAACAUUACGUUUGCAGAUUGGGCACAUGCAUUGAGGCAAAUUGAGAUGCUGUAUUUUGUUCCCUUAGGGACAGAGGGUGAUAGCUGUCCUUGCUCUGCAUUUAGUUUAGCCUUUAUGUAUUCUUCUCCACAUUAAAGGAAACCUGACAUCUGAAAGCACAAAACCUCUGGCGAGUAUACUCAUCUGACACUUUAAUAUUCCACAAUCACUUUGUUCAGUUGCAAUUAUGAAUGUGCAACGUUUUUUGUUUCAGUUGACUGUUUUGUAAUAGACUAAAAGUAUCUUGUGGUUUUCUUUCACACCCUCAACACCGUCUUUGAAAUGUUCUGCAACAGAAUUGUGCUCACAGCUACUUUAUGUUGUUGUAUUCAAUAUUAAAAUAAAGCAGAGUUACAGAAUGAAA